AUGUCUCGAAAGAGUCAAGAAGAAGUGCUUAUGGAAUGGUUAGAGAUUCCACUAAGCAGUGAUGAUGAUCUUGAGUGUUUCUCUGACGAUUCCAUUCAAGAUGAGACAUAUGUUGCUCCAGAAUCUGUUGAUUGUGAUAGUGACAGUAGUGACGAAGAAAGUCAAGUACCAGUAAUUAGGACUGAAGAUGUUUCUGGAACAAGACAAUCUGAUGUUAUAAUGAAGGAAUCGACGUCACAGUUGUCUGAUAAUGCUCUGAAACUGCCAUGCAGCAGCAAAAAUGUUACCAAAAACAGCAGGAGUGUGGUUUGGAAAGAUAAACAGUUGAUUAUUCCCGAACUGCAGUCAAAAUUUCAUGGCAAUACUUCGUUACCAGAAGAAGUAAUAAACUUAAAUACUCCAUACCAAUUCUUCAAACAUAUAUUUCCAUCUAAAUUGUUUGAUCUAAUUGUCGAAGAGUCUCAUAGAUACAGUGUGCAGUGUAAUCCUGAUAGACCAAUAGAUUUAUCCUGUGAUGACAUAAAAAAAUUUAUAGGCAUCUGUCUCGUAAUGUCAAUAGUUCAUGUACCUAAUACGAGGGAUUACUGGGGAGAAGUUACUGGUACUCAUCUGAUCAAGACAACAAUGACAGUGAAUCAGUAUGAGCAAAUACGUAAGUUUCUUCACUUCAAUGACAACAGUGCAAUGAUACCCAGGGGUGAAAAAGGUCAUGAUAGACUCUUCAAGAUAAGACCCAUAAUAGAAUUGAUGAGAUCUCGGUUUCAAACAAUACCUGUUGAAGAGUGUGUUUCUGUUGAUGAACAGAUAUGUUCAACAAAGGCUAGAAGUUAUUUGAAACAAUACAUGCCAAACAAGCCUCAUAAAUAUGGAUACAAAUUAUUUGUUAUUAGUGGCAUAUCUGGUUAUGCCUACGAUUUUGAGAUUUUCACUGGAGAUGAAAAUGAACCAGAAAAAAGAGUGACUGGGGAGGAAGACUUGGGAGCAAGUGCAAAUGUUGUAGUUCGACUCAGUAGGAUACUACCAAGAAAUAUGAACCACAAACUGUACUGUGACAAUUAUUACACAAGUCUGCCACUGCUUGUAUGGUUACAUAAACAAGGAAUUUACUCACUUGGGACAGUCAGAAGAAACAGAGUGCCAGACUGCAAGCUCCCUUCAGAAGCUGAGCUGAAGAAAAUGGCACGAGGUGCAUCAGUAGAGCGCGUCGCAACAGUGGAUGGUGUCGACAUAUCAAAUGUAGUGUGGAAAGAUAACAAGAGUGUGAUGUUGCUUUCUACACUUGCUGGACAGCAGCCUAUUCAUGAAGCAGGGAGUAUGACAAAAAAACAAAGUCAAGAAUAA